AUGCCAAUCGAAAUAAAGGGCAAUGAUGUUGUAAUAACAUCCUCCUCAACCACUCAGACUCAAGUCCGCAUUAAUCUUUUUGGGGCUACAGUUUAUUCAUGGACAAUUGCGGGCAAGGAACAAUUGUGGACAAGUGAUGCCGCCUUGUUUGAUGGUUCAAAACCAAUCAGGGGAGGAAUCCCUUUAGUAUUCCCAGUUUUUGGGAAAAGCAGUGCUCCUGGUUUUGAAAAAUUACCACAGCAUGGAUUCGCAAGAAACUCCACCUGGGAAUUUUUGGGACAAACACAUGCAAAUCCUCCAACGGUACAGUUUGGCCUGUCUCCUGAUAAUGUCAAUCGAAAAGUAUACAAUAACUGGGAUAACGGGGAUAAUGAAUUCAGUGUCAUUUAUACCAUUGCUUUGGAGGAUGAGCAGCUUGUGACCUCUGUAGAGAUUCAAAACACAGAUCAGAAAGAAUGGAAAUUCAAUUGGCUGUUUCAUACCUACUUCCUGGUAGAUGAUAUCGAAGAUACUUUGAUUAACAACUUACCAGGUGAGAAAUGUAAUGACCGUGUUGUCCACGAAAUUUACACUGAAAAACACCCAAUUAUCUCAUUUGACCAAGAGGUUGACCGUGUCUACAGCGAUGUUUCUACCGAUAAACUUCUUCAAAUAAUUGAGUUAGGGAAGGUUAAGCACAAUAUCAAGCGUGUAAACUUGCCAGACGUGGUUGUCUGGAACCCAUGGAGCGAAAUUGUAAAGGAAGUAGCAGAUUUUGAACCUAAAGAAGGGUAUCGUAGAAUGGUAUGCGUGGAGCCAGGCUAUGUCGAACAACUAAAGAUACUGAAGCCCGGUCAGUCAUGGACAGCGUCACAAAUUCUACACAAAGGUGAUGAUAUCAACCUUCAAGCUAUAUAA